AUGGACAGCCAGGUCCAAAAACUAGUCGACAAGGCAUGGAACAAGUAUCAACAACUUGCUCCCAACCAAAGACUCCUAAUUGGUGUCGGAGGCAUCCCCGGAUCCGGCAAAACAACACUCUCACAAAUCGUCUCUCAGAGACUCAAUGAAUACGCCGCCAAGAACUCACCAGACUCUCCUCCCCCAGCAACAUACGUCCCCAUGGAUGGCUUCCACUUCACGCGAGCCGCACUCUCCGCCAUGCCCGAUCCCUCGAAUGCUCAUGCUCGUCGCGGCGCAGCCUUCACCUUCGACGCUGCCAAGUUCCUCGCUCUCAUCCAACGGCUCAGAGAACCGAUAUCAUCAGCGCCCAUUCUGGCGCCAUCAUUCGAUCACUCUGUCAAAGACCCCAAGGAGGAGGACAUAGCUGUGCUACCGUCGCAUAAAAUCGUCAUAUUAGAAGGCAACUAUCUUGCCUUGGAUAAGGAUGUCUGGCGGGAUGCGGCAGCGCUGUUUGAUGAGUUGUGGUUUGUUGAAGUGGACUUUGAGGUUGCGCGGAGGAGAUUGAGAGAGAGACAUGUUCGCGCAGGGAUUGUCAAGACGAUAGAAGAGGGCGAUAGGAGAGCGACGGAGAAUGAUCUUGUAAACGGGGAGGAGAUCAUGACACAUCGGUUGAAGAUACAUGAGGUUGUGCAUAGCAGGGAAGACGGGUCAUGGGUCCAUGACUGA